GUCAAUCAAAGAAUGUGAGGUUAUGUUGCAAGUAAAAUUUGUUUUGUGGGGAGGAACUGCAGCAUGCAUUCAAGAUGACCGAGACGUCCAUUUCUGGUGAUUUGCAGGGGAAACUCGAGCGUUUUUGCACAGCAUUGGCAAAUCCCGAUAGACGUGUUCGACAGCGAGGACUUCAGGGGCUUCUGGAGCUGUGCCAAUCCGACGAGGUACACACGGAGAAUGUCACGGAGGUCUUUGACUACAUCUACCUACAUAUCCUCAAGUGCUACGUCGAUAAGUACGAGAGUUGUCGUGCAGCAGCUGCAUCCGUUGUGUCGGAAGUUCUGGAGAAAUUGCCUGAAAAUGAAUUCUUCCUGGCCUACAUUAUUCCCGCAAUAGCUCGUAGGAUUGGGCAGAAGGAACAGGUUGAGGAAUCUGAGGAAUUGCGGCUGCAGCUGCUUGAACAACUCACGGGAAUCGUCGUGAAGUAUUCCACGGUCAAUCCUGUCUUCUCUGGCAAUGAUCCCCUGCUGAAAUCCUACAAUGACAUCAUGGAUAUUCUCGUGAAAACCCUCACGGAUCCCUAUCCCAACAUUUUACGACAGAGCUGCACCCUCAUUGGGGAAUUGAGUGUGGCCACACCGAGCUUCCACUACAGAGCUGAAGUGCUGACAAAUCCCCUCCUGGCCAUUCUGAAGCAUCGGCACUCCCCAAUCCGGACAGCUGCAGUUGAAGCCCUCGGGAUUGUUGCUCUUCACAUCACGACAAACUCCGAGUGCGUGCUGAAGAUUGUCGUGGAGCUGAGCAGGCAUCUGAUGGAUGAUUCUGUGAAUGUGCGCCGGGAAUGUGGCCGCGUUGGGUGCCGAUUGCUUGUGGAGCUACGAGAUCGCUAUGGGAUGUUCGAUAGGUUGCUCCCGCUUGUUUUUGGCUGCCUCAGUGAUGAGAAUCCGGAAGUGGUGAAGGAGAUUACGAGACUCUGGGAGAAAUGUGGGCAGCAGUACUACGUGGAGAAUGAGAAGGAGCUCAUGAAGAUUGCCGUGGUGGACUAUGCACCGGAGAAUUAUCUCGAGGAAUGGCGGAGACCCACAUUGGGUUGCCGAUCCAUUGCCCAGCGAAGCUUUAAGAUGCUCAACAUUAUCCUGCACGAGAUGGAGGACUGGAAGGAGGAUGUACGACUGCAUGCAACACUUCUUCUCGCCCAGGUCAUUCUGCACGCUGAAGGUGCCAUCCUGGCCUACCUGACGGACAUCUAUCCAGUUCUGGCAAAGACUUGCAUGGAUGGAGAUCGCUGGGUGGCAGCAGAAGCUGUCCGGGUGGCUAAAUUGCUGGGAAAUCUCGUUGAGUACGACGACUGGAAGGAGCGAGCAAUGGAAUUCCUGGAAAAAUGGCCCAAUCUUGGCCACCUGAAGUGCUUCAUUGCAAUGUUUGUCGGAGCUGGAAGCACCAAAUGGCAGGAUAUGGAGAAAAUCUCCCGUCUCCUCGUCCCAUUGGCCACAAGCCUCGACACAAACUUCCAGAGUCACCUCCUUAUGAUCACAGAAAUGCUCGUUGAAGCCCAACAAGAUCACGGAAAGAAUAGCCAGGAGAUUGAGAGGAAUCUCUAUGAGAUUCUCGUAACAAUCCUCGCACUCAAUGAAGAUAAUUCCCUCCAUGAAAGAGUCACCUCAUCCCUCGAAAAUCUCGCACAAUCCUCCUCCUCCUCCUCAGUCAAUGAUCUCCAUGGGAAACACUUGGAGAGUGUUGUAAAGUCCAUCCAGGAUCUGGACAGCACAAAUUCCGAACGUGCUGAACCCAUCCUCCAUCUGCACGGACUUCUCUUCCACUGUGGCUUUCACAUUCAACCCUUUUCUGCCCUCCAGGAAGCCGUGGAGAUUGUCAUGGAGCUCGGUGCGCCGGAGGCUAAAAUAAAAAUCCUCUGCGGUGUAUCAGCGGCACUCCUCAAGUGGCGAGAGACAAUCCACACCAGCCUGGAGGGGAGGAUUGCCCUCCUACGGGGUUUCCUGGACACAAACAUCAUUCCCGCCAUUGUCUGGAAGGCAGGCUUCAAUGCUGAAUCCAUCAGGGCAAUGUGCACAACUGUUGUGGCAUCAGCUGCUCAGGGAGCUCCCGAGGAGUCCUUUGUUAUCAUUCCGGACAUUGCAGAAUACCUCAUCCCACUGCUCGAUGAUGAUCUCGUGGUCAUCCGGAAGUUUGCCAUUGCAGCUCUUGUGGCGUCCGGACCGCUUCCCUUCGAGCAGCUACGUCUCCUGGCUUUCGGUCUGCUGGCCAGACUCGAUGAUCCAAGUGGGGAGAUUCGAUGUGCCGCCGGGAGUGCCCUGACAAAGCUCAAGCUUAAAGCAGGAAGUGAUCCCGCCCUCAGCGAAGCAUGGAGGAAAAUUAUCAAGGAAAUCUUCCACAAGAUUGUUCUUCACUUUGACGAUCCCGAUGAGAGGCUCAAAGCUGUCCUUGUGGAAUCUGCAAAGGCUCUCGGGAGGGAGCAUCUCAAGGAAUUCCAGGAAGUCUUUGCCGGCAUUCCGGAGAGCUAUGCCCACACGAAUGAAGUGAAUGAUCUCCGGGCGGCAAUGGAAAAAUUAUCACUUGAACGGAAUGCCUGACAUUGUGGCUAAAAUCUCUCACUUUUUUGCAUUCUUUAAACUUCCAAAAUAAAAUUAUUAUUAAAUUGUC